UUCACCGUAAUCCCCCCACACCCGACGCACGCGGCCUUCCCUCCCCCGCACCUGACGCACACCGCCCUCCCGCACCCGACGCACGCCGCCCUCCGCCGGCACCUGCGUGGUCCGACGCACGCUGCCCUCCCCUGGCACCUGCGCGUCGCUCCUCUUCCCUCGGCACCCGCGCCUCGCCCCCCGCCCCUGCCGCCUUUUCCCUCGCCCUCGCUCCUGCCAUUGAAGAUCUGCCGAUGCCCAGCUACAAUCCGAGAUCACAGAAUAUGAUUCGGCUGCUUCUCCGUAUCAAUGCUCGAUUGAUCCAAGAACGUAGGGAUAUCCCCCAAAUUUCGUUGCAGCUUCCUCUAUACUGCAGCCCCCUACCACAACAUCCUGAUAAAUGCAGUCCGCUGCUCUUCUUGGCUGCUGGAGAGUCCCCAAUCCUCCAUCGGAAGUGGCUGCCGGAGAGGUCCAAUCCUCCGUCAGAAGUGGCUACUGGAGACGCCCCAAACAUCCACGCCAGGAAGCUGCCUCGGGUCUCUGCUGGCUGCUGUGAAGUUGCCUGCUCGUAUCUACUCUGCAGAUCCCAUCAGGCCAGCAGAGACAGGCUACGGAGGAAAUGAGGCCUCCUAAAUUUGUUCAGGGUAGAUUGAAAUCAUUCACCCUGCACACCACACAGGAGGAUUUCAACAUUGAUAUAAGUGACGUCACUGGUGUAUCUCAGACACUACCAGCUCAACCAGUUCAUCAGCAGCCACCACAUUGUCCAGGACCGUCGUCACGCCCUCGUUCAGAGGAGGACGAUGAUGAUGACGAUUUCAUGCAACCCCCAACUAGGCACCCAGUAAUGAACAAUAAUCAACGUCGUACUACAAAAGUUGUUGUCAAUGCACGCAGAGAUGGGAAAGUGCAGAAGAAAAAUGCCUCUCGCAUAGAUCCACCUACAAAGCCUAAACAGCAAAAGCUUACCAAAUAUCUUCAUGCACCAACUGUUCGAUGUGCACCUUCAAUUUUUAACUCAUUUAUUGAUCUCCUCACCAUGAGUCAGCGUACUAGAAUCAAUAAUAUGAACUUUGGUGGCCUCCUCCAGAUCCGAGCAGACAAGCUAGUUAGCAGAGAAAUGUUGAGGUAUCUGUAUGACAGGCUAGAUCCUGUAACUAUGAUGUUGGUUCUUGGUAAAGAUAGGGUUAUACAUAUCAACCCUUUUGUCGUUAAGCAAACGUUUGGCAUUCCGGACAGUGGUGAAGAAUUAUCUUUACACACAAACCAGGAAGCAUGCAAGGCCUUGUCUGAUUUCAAGGAUUUUAUUGGUUUACAAGAAGCUGAGGAUGUGCACACAAAGUAUCUACAAGAGAUCUGGGAGGCCGACAUUGAGCUAGACUCCAGGAUGCUUGACGACAACAUGUGCAUUAAAAUUUUCUUCAUGAUCGCUUCUAACAAGCUGUUGUUUCCUUCCUCGGACAACAACAUCAGGGCGAAAGAUGUUUAUUUGGCUAGGAAUUUGUCUCGACUACCCACUAUGAACUGGUGCAAGGCUGUUACCGAUGAAAUCCAAGAAGCUGCACGCACGUGGCGUCUUGAUAGAACAACUAAAGUUUCGCCUUCAAUUACAGGAUGCGCGUUUUUUCUGUUGAUAGUGUAUUUGGAUAAUUUACGCUGCAAACACCAGAUCAAUCACAAGGACAUUCCCCGUGCCAAGUACUUCAAUCAAGAUUUGAUUAAAAAAAUAAUUGCUGCUGACAAGACAAAGGACGACCAAGGAAAGGUCACAUUUGGGCGAUUACCGCUUAGGGACAUCAGUGAUACUGUUUACCAUAUGCCUCAUCAUUCUAUUCUAGAAAAGCCAGCAAACAUUCAACCUGUGUCUGCUAUACAGUUCCCUAGCAUUCUUUCAGAACUAGUUGGAGUAGUCAAUGUGACAGUUGCCAAGCCAAAGAGGAAGCCGUUAGUGCAAGCUUUCACAGAAUUUGACAUCAAAUCAAAAAAGGCAACAACUUACUUAAACAGGGGACAACUAAUGCUACAAACCUCACAUGACCAGCUCAUUGCAAAGGUGCGGUCAAUUUUGGAGAACCAAAGUUGUGAGAAUAACAGCAUAGAUCACCAAGCUAAACCAACUGCUCCUACUGCAGCUGAUGCCAACGAUCUUGACAUGCAUGAUAUCCAUAACGGAGAUAACAUACAGUCUGAACAUGUAACUGAGGCGCCAAAUCAUUCUAAAGGAUAUGGCACUAACCAACAUAUAAACCAUGAGAGACAUGUGCCACUGCAACAGAACAGUCCCACGGAGGCUGCGGCACCACAGCCCAUGGAUGCCGCAACGAAUGCCGGGUCAGAACAGGAAUUGGAUCAUGAACACUCACCGGUUCACACGGAUGUGACAAUUGGCGAUGUUGUUCCUCCAAUUUUGGGUCAGGCGAUGGACCAAGAAGGCACUGGACAAGCAUCACACAUUGGCAGAACCUCAUCCCUGGAUUCUCUAGUUGACCUCAUCACUGCAUCUGUUAUACGGACUGCCCACCGACAAACUACAACAACUGACACGAUGACACCAGAGCCUGUUGUGCUUACACACACCCAACAUCAGCUUCCUAAUGAGGUUAUACGACCUGACAGCACCACCAUUGCUGUUGAGCCCCUCCUACUUGCUGCCCACCCACAAACUAUAACAACCGACACGAUGACACCAGAGCUUGUUGUGCUUACACAGACCCAACAUAAGCUUCCUAAUGAGGUUAUACAACCUGAUAGCACGAUUGGUGUUGAGCCCCUCCUACCUGCUGCCCACCCACAAACUACAACAACCGACACGAUGACAUCAGAGCCUGCUAUGCUUACACACACCCAACAUCCGCUUCCUAAUGAGGUUCUACGACCUGAUAUCACCAUUGAUGAUGAGCCCCUCCUACCUGUUUAUCCAAAACCACAACGUCUUACAAGACGCCCAUCCAAGUACGUGUCGCCAUUCAAAGGUGAUCCAAUGCGGACACGAGUACCAAUGUCAAAGGCACUAGCUGUGAGGAAGAAGUUUCGCCCGAGUCUCAAGAGUUUAAAUGAGGUUUUCAUUAGUACAGGCUUCAUAGAUUUCACUGGCAAUGAAAUAUUAGAUUCCUUCCCUAACGAUCAAGAGCUUUCGACCAAAUUUAUGUCCUACUUUGUUCAAUGCUUGAGCCAUGAUGAAUCAGUCCACAUGCCAGAUGGUGGUGGCUACAGGGUGUUCCUACCCCACAGGAUUGGGGAAUACGUCAAUAUGGAGGAUCAGGAGGAAUACGAAGAGUGGGAAUUUCAUAAUGCUCUUGAAAUUUUAGAGAGUGGCAUUGCUUCUAUUGACACAACUAAUGUUAAGCUAUUCUUUUUGCCGAUUAUGGAGGAGGACCACUAUACUGUUUACUGCAUCAACCUUAUACAUGACCGAAUAGAUAUUCUCGACUCUAGUCCUGAUGACCAUAGGCUUUACCAUGAAGUUGUGGGUAACAGAAUUAUUCCAAGGCUCAAUCUUCUGUUCCAGGAAGCCACAGAUGGUAAGCUUAAGUCGUUUACUCGAUUCAGGCGACCCAUCCUACCUGUCCCAGUGCAGCGCAAUGCCACCGACAGUGGAUUCUAUGCCAUCAAGUUCAUGGAGUUAUGGAAUGGUGAAUCUUUCCAUCUUCCAAUCCUCACGGAAAAUGCAGCAAUGUAUAGAGAUCAGCUUCUCUACUACGCCAUCUAUCACGAAAUCAACACUGUUGAGAAGCUUCCUGCUGGUCUAGAAGCACUCAAGCCACGACGUUGAAGACCACGUUGGGACCAGUCUCCUUGGGAAUGCUAGAAUAAAUAUGGAAGCCUUAGUUACUGUGUUUUUAAUUGACCGCUCCUGUUGGUCAUCAACGACCCAAUUUACCAAAUUCAAAUUUGAAACUAAUUUGUUUUCAUAGUUUCACUUCUCAUACGGGAUUGUUUGUGCGAUGACAUAAUUAUUUGUACUCUGAACCUAUACUAUGGUCUCUUUGUUUCGAAAUCUACUAUUUUUAUUUGGAUAUUCAACUGUCAAUAUUAUGGUUUAA